GAUCACUGUGAUGAUUGCAGUGACGCUUCUUUGCUUACAUUUUUUUCGUUUGUCACCAGAACAAUAAACGUAAUUAGUUACAAAUGACUAAUUAGAGUAUCAAAAAGAAGAAGAAAAAGCGCACAAAGAAGAAGAGUGAAGAACAAGAGCAAAAAGUAGCGAGUGCAUCGCGUCGAUCACAACCGACACUUCUUUAGAAUUCAAUUCAUAACAACACUGCCAUUUGCGUUGAAUUUGACAGCUGAUAUACUUGAUUCAUAAAGACGAUAUAGUCGAUGAGAACAUCUUCUUUUGUUUAUUGAAAUUCUCUUGUUCAGUUACAUGAUGUGUCUGUUUUUGAAUCAAACUGACGAAUUUGUGAAUCAAUUUUCUUAAUACUCAUUCAAUUUUAUUAGGAAAGUGAACGGAUUUUUCAGAUGAAAUUUUUUGUCUUCACACCAAAUUCCUGUCUAGAUUCCUGUUUUCAAUCUUCUUAUUCUUCCUUAUUGCCAUAAAAUUAGAAAUAAAUAAGAAAAAAAGAAAUUUUUUCUAUGAGUAAAUCGAUUACUUCUCUCCAAUCUUCUAUUUCAAUAUUUUUUGACAAGAAAAAAGAACACAAAUUUAGUAUCAGUCAAAUUGAAUUACGAAAGAUAAAAUAAAGAAGAAAAUAAUGAAAAUGAAGGAAUGACAAAAAAGUAAUUUCGUCCGAGAAAACGACCCGAAGAAAAGUGUCUUUCAAAAAUGGUAUUUUGAUCAUUUUUGAUCGAAACCCAUAAAUUGUCUGUUAAAUUGACGUCUACCACCAAUGGUUGGCUCAUCGACGACCGCAUCGUCUCUUUCCAAGAUUGGAUCGCCUCCAGUUGCCGAGUUGAAAUGACUUGAAGUUCAAGUCUUGAACAUAAACGCAGCAACGUACAGUAUAAGUGUCUUGAAAUCUAUUCAUAGAAUUCCGAAUGCAUCGAGUAUCGAACGAAAAAGCGUGUAAAAGGUGGAACGCAGCAAAAUAUAACUUGAAUAAUAAAAGCCGCUACUCGCAUGAAGACAGAUACAGAGGGAGAGAGGGAGAGAGAAAGAGAUACAGAUAGAGAAAGAAAGUGAGAAAGAGAAUACAUUGCAAUGCGGCGUAUGAAGCUGAAAACAUGUGUGGGGGGAAGCGUUUAUACUAUCAGCUCAAUGUUUACUGACUGCACGACGACCACAUAUAUUGAGUUUGUUUUAUUCUAGUGCUGUCGCUGCUUGGCUAAACACACACAGCAUCGGCCAUAAUAAAACUCGACAAUUUUUUCUUCUUCUUCUUCUUGGAUAUGAUUGUCGGCAUUUGGACUAUUGGACUGUAGUAUUGGUGACUGAGUUGAUAUGGUUUCCAAACACGGAUCAGAUAGAUAAACGAGCUCAAGAUAAUACCAACGGAGGUUUUAUCAUCGCGGAUGCAAUCACACAUUAGCAUUUUAUUUUCGGGUAAAUAAAGACAACAAACAACGGCCACAAUUAAACGGCUUAGAUUUAUUGCCAACGAGAUAAAUACAAAGAAAAGGAGACCGAAAUUAUACGCGCACCACGACAAAUUGUAACUAGAGUACCAUUCAAAAUCCAGACAAUAGAAAAAAGAACACAACGAUAAGCAAAUGCCCACUUUUCAAGAUAAUACUCGACUUUCUCACGUCGCUACUCAAACGCUUCCACGGGUUCAAUUCAAUUCGAUGUGGCAGUUGAUGCAAAUACCACACGACAAUUUCACGUGAGUUGUGGCAGAAGGUUUUGUUUUUUCACCGUUUAUCUGGGCUACACAGAAACGAGAACCAUGGAUCGAAUCAACAAAAAUUUACUGCCCAUCAAGGCACACUUCUUCUUCUUUAUGGCAGCAAUGGGACCGAUACUGCCUCAAAUCAAUGUAAUUGGCAAAGAACUGGGAAUCUCACCCGAUGUCAUGGGUUUUAUCACAUCAUUUCUGCCCAUUAUGUACAUUUUGGCCAAACCGGCCGUUGGAUAUCUUAUCGACUAUUUUCCGAGUAUUCGAAAGACAAUAUUCAUGUCGAUAACCGUGUUGAUGAUUCUUUGCUACGCUGGAUUCCUCUUUGUGCCAAUAAUUCCCGCUCAGAAAAUACCGAAGCAGUCAUCGUAUAAUUUUACGGAAAUUGAUGGCAUCUGUGAUAGGCAAUUAACGAUAAAAAAUGCGGAUUUAUGUUUAAUCGAGCACAAAAUGGCCAAUUGUUCGAUAGAUUGUGUUGUAAAUUCCACUCAAAUCGGUUUCAUUCGCAUGGACAAUGCGAAUAAUCAGAGUGAAAGACCAUCGCUUCGCCUCUGUAUGGAUGCUUUGGUUUCGGAUGUGCUCCAGCUGAAUGAAACAUGUCAAAUAAUAACCUGUGUCCAGAUUCAGGAUGACAAACAAUCGUUGGGUAGCUGUUACUAUGGCACAUUAACAUUUUGGCUGUUCACAAUUCUGAUGUGCCUUGGAACCAUCGGGUUCAAUGUGACAAAUUCUGUGAGCGAUGCCAUUUGUUUCGAUAUGUUGGGUGAAAAGACGAUGCGAUACGGCGCUCAGCGUGUGUGGGGCACAAAUGGAUUUGGUGUGACGGCCCUAAUAGCCGGUAUCUUAGUACACACCUUGCAACUUGAUUCGGCCGAUGCAGUGAAAGCCAUAACGCCCGCCCUAAUCGUUAUGCUGUGCUUCGGUUUAUGCGAUGUGAUCAGCAUAAAAUGGCUCAAGCUGCCGAGUUUUACCAACGAAGGUGAAACAAUUGCCAGCAAAGUGACCGAUUUGCUGCGACAAAAGCAAAUUUUAGUCUUUUUAUGUUUCGCUACGUUAGCUGGCAUCCUUGACUCGUUCAUCAUUUACUACAUGUUUUGGUAUUUAGAAGAAUUGGCCCAGGCAACCGGUUACAUGAAAUCGAUUAAAUUAAUUGAAGGCUGUGUUGUGGCCGCCGAAUGUUUAGGCGGUGAAAUUCCAAUAUUUUUAGUAGCCGGCAAAAUACUCAAACGUAUCGGCUAUGUGCAUUGUUUAAGUUUAUGUUUUUUCAUGUACUUUAUUCGCUUUGGAUUAAUUUCACUAAUUCCAAACCCGUGGUGGUUGGUUUUGGUCGAACUAUUUAUGCAAGGAUGCUCAUAUGCUCUGUGCUACACAUGCAUUGUGGGCUAUGCAUCAGAGGUGGCACCGCCAGGUACACAGGCCACUGUUCAGGGAUUAGUCGCCGGUAUGGAUGAUGGCGUAGGUUUUGCCAUCGGUUCACUCAUCGGUGGUCAGAUGUACAAAUGGUUGGGUGGUAAAAAAUGCUUUCAAAUCUUUUCGAUCGCCUCGCUCAUCACAUGUUUCGCUCAUAUCAUUCUACGGCCGGCCAAACACUGUACGCACCAUCUCAAGCAUACACAAAAACCCGUCGAUGGUGAAAAUGGGAACGAAAUGCGACACGAAGACAUCUGUGAAAUGGAGCCGUUGCAGAAGAAAACGGACAAUAGCAAAAUAUAUUCGAAAGCUUAACCAGUCAACAUUGGUUCCAGUGUGAUAAUUUACAUCUGAAAAAAAAACGUACCUAGUAAACGUACGAAAUAGUACCUAGAAAUGUUCGAUAAGUCUCUGUUUUUAAGAAAAAAAAAGAAAAAAAAAUCGAAAAUUUUUGAUUGAGUCUCUUAAAGGGGCUCUCUUUUUAAAAGUGUAAACAAAAAUUACCACACAUCCAUUUAUUUACUCAUGCUAAUUUUGUAGUGAUUUUUUUCGAUGUACUUUUCAAUGAAUGAAUGAAACAAAAAAAAAGUUGAAUAAAUAAAAAGCGUUGGAUCAUUUUUUUUUUCUGUUAAAAUUGAAA